AUGGAAAACCAUUUUCUGCAGCUUCUUGGCUUUCUUGUUCUUUUUCUUGCUGCACGAUUUGUUGCAUUUGCGCAGGCUAGUAACAUCACUCUUGGGUCGUCCCUUGUUGCAUCUGGUAAUUCUUCAGCAUGGCUAUCACCUUCUGGUGACUUUGCGUCAGGCUUUCAUCAAAUCUGGUGGUCAAUUCCACCAAGUUUUCUAGACACAGGUGUUUCUUAUGCUUCUUUGUUGGAUACAGGGAAUUUCAUCCUUGCUAGCAGCGAAUCUAGCCUUCUGUGGCAAAGUUUUGAUCACCCUUCUGAUACAAUCUUGCCUACACAAACAAUAGACACUACAAAGUCACUGUCUUCUAGGACAUCACAGAAUAACUUCUCCAGGGGGCAUUUUGAGUUCCGGUUGAUACCCGAUGGCAAUCUUGUGCUGAACACCUUUGCACUACCAACAGGAAAUGCAUACGAGGCAUACUUUUGGAGCCACACGGUUGAUACAGGCUAUCCUAAUGUGACCGGAAACAGGAAGUAUGGUUCUAGAGGGAUCUUGUAUUUGCACGAAGAGUGCAGCACACAGAUCAUCCACUGUGAUAUAAAGCCUCAAAACAUCCUGCUUGAUGAUUCAUUUGAAGCAAGGAUUUCUGAUUUCGGAUUGGCAAAACUUUUGAUGAAGGAUCAAACUCGGACUCUGACAGGCAUUAGAGGGACCAAAGGCUAUGUUGCACCAGAAUGGUUCAGGAACACAGCCGUGACUGCCAAAGUAGAUGUUUAUAGCUAUGGCAUUGUUUUGUUAGAAACGAUUUGCUGCCGGAAGUGUAUGGACACCGCAAUGGAGAAUGAAGAGGAAAUAAUACUGAUCGACCGGGUGUAUGACUGUUUCCACUCGAGACUGCUACAUAAUCUAGUACAAGAUGAUGACGAGGCGCUAAGCGACAUGAGGUAG